GCGCUUCUUGAUUUAAACACUAAUAACCCGUAAAUUGCAUUCCUCUCGGCACAUCUGCAAGCGCCAAUGAGCUUUUGGCAGCCAGUGAGCGAGCACAAUUAUUCCAUUAGCACCCUCUUCACCCGUCCCCAUCUUUGCAGAGUACCGAUUAGUGAUUCUCACAGCCAUAAAAGAGUGGGGAUUGCUCUAGAAGACUCCAUGAUAUCAGACAGGGUCUUUAACAAAGAUAAGUCAUCCUUCUUAGGGUGGAUGUAAAAUUCGCUUGGAAACAUCGUGAUGGAGAUGAGCCAACAAUAGUGAUAAAUCGUUGAUAAUUUUCCAGUGUUUUAGUUUACAUCACGUCUCGUUGAAUCCCGUCUGCGAUCUGCUGUUGAAAUUUGCAUCUUUCGUCUAUUAAAGGCCUCGUCCUAUAUUUAUGGCAUUUUUUCUGGACCUUAAACUAGCAAGGAAAGGAAACUAAGCAAUACCUUUCCACAAUGGUUCGCGCAAAAUACGAAAAGCUUCGUAACCAUAGUAACCAGUCACGUGAGAACCCUAAGGGCACAGCCAGUUUGUUAUCCCGCCUGACGUACUGGUGGAUGAACGACAUAUUCCGCAUCGGCAACGAGCGACCGCUAGAGAACCAUGACCAGUACCCACUCCUCGACGAGGACCAGACAGAGGCUCUGACAGUCAAGCUCGAGCAGGCAUGGGACCAAACGCGUGUUUCGCCCGGAAACAAACGCACGCGUCUUCUCAAGGCUCUGAUCAGAAUGUUCCCUGGGUACUUUUACGUGUUCACUAUCUGCGCGGGCCUAAUGGGGGCCCUGUGUAACGUGCUUCAGCCCGUGUUUCUUAGCAUGCUGCUCUCGCAGUUGUUGAAUGAGUACGGGAAUAAGAACUCGGACUGGUCGUACUUGUACGCGCUAGGGAUUUGUCUAAGCGCGCUUGUAAGGUGUCUUGUGCUACAGCAGUUUGCCGACAGGAAUCUACUGACCGCCAUGCGAUGGAGAGCUGCUACAGUGGGCCUUAUCUUCAAAAAGGUCUUGCGUCUUAGUCAAACUACGCUAUCCAAAGUCACUUCCGGUUAUGUUCUGGAUUUGGUUUCCGGUGACGUUCAGAGGUUCGACAAGGUCUGCUUCUUGGUGGGCUACCUGGCGCUGGGCGUACCGGAAGUCGCAGCAGUGAUUGGCUUCAUGUGGUACCUUAUUGGGUGGAGGUCUCUCUCAGGCGCCCUGUUUAUGCUCCUACUCGUGUUCUAUUACUCGAUAAUGGGAGGAGCUUGCGCUUCGCUGAGGCUGCGCAUGGCAAAGAUUACCGACAGGAGACUGGGCCUAAUGGCUUCUAUAGUCACUGGGAUUAGGGCCGUUAAGAUGUAUGCUUGGGAGUGGCCCUUCAGGGAUAUGGUGCAGGGAGUACGAAGGAAAGAAAUCGGGGUUCUGCGUCUACGUAGCGCUAUUCUCGCGACGUUCCCAAGCUUGCAGUUCUCUUCGACGGCCAUCGCAAGCCUCAUUUCUUUGGUCACCCUCGCCGGUACUGGAACAGAGCUCACCACAUACAAUGUGUUCGUUGUGGUAGCUCUUCUCAGCACUAUCAGGGUCUCCGUGUGCGAGAACAUCGCCAAAGGAGCCUUUAGCGUGGGCGAAUUUAUAUCCUCAGUCGAGAGAAUCCAAACCUUCCUGGAGCUCGAAGAGCUCGUGAGGCUGAAAGAAACUCCAAGCCAGCUGCUACUCGAGACGACGAGUGAAGAACCAGAGACACCACAGAGACAAGAUAGCAAGGAGGACCAGGUUUUCAGGGAGAUAGACAACGUGGUGUCCAGUUCCUCAUCGGAGAAGCUCUUAUCCACCGAUUCCGAUUCUGAAGUCAAGGAAUCGUUACCUAAGCCUUGCAGCCGCUCACAUCGCCACUCCAGCAGCUCCACGAGCUCGCAACUGCCUCACGGCCAGCUGUCCCUCAGCAACAUCACGUGUUAUUGGAAUGGCGACGUUAGCCCACCGGCGCUUAGGAGCCUCUCCUGCAUGGCCUUCCCGGGAGAACUGGUCCUAGUGACGGGACCUGUUGGGUGUGGCAAGUCCACGUUGCUGUCGGUGAUUCUGGGUGAGAUUCCGAUCUCUUCAGGAAAAGUCUUGAGAGGGGGUAAACUUGCACACGUGUCGCAGUGCCCAUGGGUAUUCUCCGGCACAGUUCGUAGUAAUAUUCUCUUUGGUAAGCGAUACGAUCCUCGGCUCUAUGACGCGACUUUGCUUGCUUGUGAUCUGCGCAAAGACAUCAACAGCUUUCCCGACCGAGACGCGACUGUUAUUGGCGAGAGAGGGACGAUGUUGAGCGGUGGCCAGAGGACGCGGGUCGCAUUGGCUCGUGCUGUCUAUGCGGAUGCUGACAUCUAUUUGCUGGAUGACCCGCUAGGAACUGUGGACAGUAAAGUCGGCCGGCACUUGUUUGAGCGUUGCAUUCAGGGGAUCUUGUCCAAGAAAACGCGAAUUUUAGUGACCCAUCAGUUACAGUAUCUACAAAACGCAGAUCACAUUUUGUUAAUGAAAGACGGGGGUAUAACAAGAGAAGGCAGCUAUGCUGAAAUAUCUCAAUCUAGCGAGGAAAUCUCCUUCCUAGAGGAACACGGGGAGGCCCCCGUCGUGCCACGCCCUCUUCUGAGGGACCGCUCCCUAGAGGUCGAGGUAUGGAAGGAAGGUCCAUUUCGUGGUCUUGAGCAGGCGGAUGAGGAGAGGCAUACUGGGUCUAUCUCUUACGAGCUGUACUGGAGGUACCUCACCGCUGGAGUCUCGCCAAUUGUGUUGACCAUGCUUGCCAUGAUGUUCGUCUUCGUUCAAGCUGUACUAAUCCUCCCAGAUGUUUGGCUACUACUCAUGACUCAAAUGCCUUCAGAGCAACGCAAGCUUCCUCUCAACUUUUACAUCUACGGGGGCCUGGUGGGCGUGGCUUUAUUGCUGUCAGUCAUUCGGGCCUCGUUAUUUUUCUCGUCCGUGUUGAACUCUUCUCAGCGACUCCAUAACGAGAUGGUGGAGUCAGUGCUGAAGGCGCCUGUGUUGUUUUUCGAUACCAAUCCUGCAGGACGUAUUAUGAACAGAUUCUCCAAAGACAUUGGCUGUAUGGAUGAACUUCUCCCCGAUGUUCUUCUAGACGCACUUCAGCUCAUUUUGUUCUCUGUGGGGGCCGUCCUCCUUCCAUCGGUGCUCAACCCCUGGCUCAUUAUACCCGUCGUGCCGAUCGUAGUCCUCUUCGUGAUCAUCGGUAAAUUCUACCUAAAGACGUCUCGGGAGAUCAAAAGGCUAGAAGCCAUCAACCGGAGUCCAGUCUUUGCGCACCUCGCGGACACCCUUGAAGGCUUGGUCACCACUAGAUGUCAUCGUAUGGAGAAAGCCUUCAUUAAGCGAUUUUAUAAGUACCAGGAUGUACAUAACGAGUCGUGGUUCCUGAUCGUCGCGACUGUGCGAUGGCUAGCACUCAGGCUGGACCUGCUUUGCGUCAUAUUCGAGACGAUCGUGGUGAUCUCAGCCCUGCUCACACAUUCUGGCGCAGGAGUGACAGCGCUCUCCUUGAUCUACGCGGCACAACUGGCAUUCGACACUUCACAGGUCAGCGUGCGCCAAUGCUCCGAAGUCGAGAACUACAUGACCUCCGUGGAGCGUGUCAUCGCUUAUACAGACCUCCCCUCCGAGCCAGGCUACGGGAACCCCACCCUACCCCCUGCUGGGUGGCCCCAUGAGGGGGAGAUGGUGCUGCAUGACGUCACCUUCAAGUACCAUGACGAUGGACACGAGGUGCUCAAGGGGAUCAGCGUGCACAUCAAGGACGGACAGAAGGUGGGCGUGGUCGGUAGGACGGGGGCCGGCAAGUCUUCGCUUGUGAGAGCCAUUUAUCGGAUGCCGGAGCCGCAGGGGGCGAUAGUUGUUGAUGACGUAGACUUGGGCUCCAUUAACGUGCAGCGUGCAAGGUCCGCUAUAUCUGUCAUAUCCCAGGACCCUGUUCUGUUCAGCGGAACCCUGCGGAUGAAUUUGGACCCAUUUGAAAAGUUCACGGAUGACGAGCUUUGGGAAGCGAUAGAGCACGCCAGUUUAAAAGCCCUCGUCGCUGGUCUUCCUGGAAAGCUGUACUAUGAGGUCGUCGAGAGUGGAUGUAAUUUCAGCGCAGGUGAGCGUCAAUUGAUAUGUCUCGCGCGAGCAUUGCUGCAGAAGAGUUCUAUCAUAAUCAUGGACGAGGCGACCGCAAACGUGGAUUACCAGACCGACCGGCUCAUUCAAGCAAAGGUCAGAGAAGAGUUUCGUAACUGCACAGUCAUCACGAUUGCGCAUCGCCUCUCUACGAUCAUGGACAGUGACCAGCUAGUGGUGCUAGACAGGGGGGAGGUGGUGGAGACGGGAUCGCCAACUGAGCUACUGGAGCGCAGAGGUGGGCUUUUCAACCGAAUGUACCGCUCCUACCAAGAUGACUGUCGAGGGAUCCAGUCUAAGCAGUGAAUGUUCGAUAAGACGACAGCAAGAUCAAACUUCACGUUAGAGGCGUUUAUCGAUCCGCAGCUGGGCGGGGAACAAAAGACACUUCAAAAAAAGACAAUGAAAGCUGUGGUUGAUCCGCUACUUGAAGCUUAUGACGACAGCCCCAAGAUAGACUAAACGAUGGUACCAAGAGAUGUCUGCCUAGACCUCAACCACCCAAUCAAAUCACGGCUUCGAAUUAAUGAGGGGAACUGCACCUUGAUAAAUAGGUGUAAAAAUAUGACGCUCAACAAUAUGAUAAAGAAUAAAAAGAAUAAAAUAAUAGAUACAUAAUGUUAAUUAGGAUACAUAUAUGAAUAAAACAAGUGUCAUUCUUGGGA